AUGGCUGUGGUAUUUACCCCAUCCCUGUUUCUCUCCCCCAUUGUCUCUCUGCCGCCUGCCCCCGCCUCUCCCCACUACCUACCGUACCAGGCUAAGGAGUUGAGGUCUGUUGCGGACCGAAUGGUCACUCUUGCAAAGGAGGGCACGCUGCAAUCACGCAGAGAAGCUGCAGCAGUGGUGAGAGGGAAGGACGUGCUGCAGAAGCUUUUCUACGACCUGUCAGAGAGAUACAAGGAUAGAGCAGGAGGCUACACUCGAGUGCUUCCAACUAGAACACGCGUUGGGGAUGCAGCCCCUAUGGCUUAUAUCGAGUACAUUGACCGACCCGAUGAGCUUCGUCGCAGCCGGCCCCCAUCGAUUCCACCGCCCCCCUCUGAGCCCCAGGCCCCCUGGGUGCUCUCCUCUCUCAGGAGACACUGGGCUCCCCCCGCUGCUUCGGUACCACCUACUCCUGAUAAUGCUUCUGCCUCUGCUUCUGCUGCUGGAGAGAAAUCGGGUCAUCCACCUAGCAGCUCCUAG